UCCUGUCCCCAGCCUUUGCCUCUCUCUCUGUUUUUUUUUUUUUUCUCAGAAGAAUGGGGAGAGACGAACUCUGCAUAACUGUACCCAGCCUCUUUCGCUGUCCGAUCUCUCUUGACGUAAUGAAGUCUCCCGUAAGUCUCUGCACCGGCGUCACAUACGAUCGCUCCAGUAUUCAACAUUGGCUCGACUCCGGUCACGACACCUGUCCCGCUACCAUGCAAAUCCUCCCCUCCAAGGACUUUGUUCCUAACCUCACUCUCCACCGCCUCAUCAACCUCUGGACCACCACAUCCGCCACCAAAUCCUCUGCUCUCGCUCUGGCAGUUUCCGAAGAGAAAGUUAGGGCUUGGAUUGAAGAGAUUAAGAGCGGAAAGAUAGAGAGGUGUUUGGAUUCGAUUGUAGAGUUUGUUAGUUGUGGAGAGGUAAGCCGAAGGUUUUUGGUUAGCUUUGAUGGUUUUUUCGAGGCGAUCGUGGGUGUUUUGAACAUUAAUUGCGUGCCAAUUCGUGUUCUGGAGUCGGUUAUCAGGGUAUUAAGUUCAAUUUUGCUUGAAAAUGGAGUCAAUGAGAAAUUGCACGAAUUAGUCUUCACAUCAAGUUCGAAUUGCUUGCCUUCCUUUAUUUCUGUUUUGCGAAACGGAAGUUUGGAGUACAGUAUCGCAUGCGUCACCGUUUUGGAGUCAAUUACAAUGAACAACCAAUCAAAACAGCUCGUUGCAGGUACACAGGACGUCUUGCCGGUUCUAUUACAACUUCUCAAAACUGAAAACGACCAUCAGGAUUUAAACGAAGUGGUCCUGUCGUUUUUGAUUUCGGUGUCUAUAACUCGGUCAAUCAAGACUCGGCUAGUUCAACUCGGACUGGUUGGAGUUCUAUCGAGCAUGCUGUUGAGCCCAAAAGCCGCCGUUUCUGUCGUGGAAAAGUCACUGAAGGUAUUGUCAAUGAUUUGUACGUGUGCGGAUGGACGGUCAGCGAUAAGCGUUGACCCGACAUGCGCAGGGGCGAUAGUGGAGAGAUUAAUGAAGGUCUCGAAAACGGCAACGGAGGAUGCCGUAGUGGUGCUGUGGAGCAUGUGUUGUCUUUUUAGGGAUGAGAAGGUGUUGGAGAGAGUGGUGAGGAGCAAUGGAGUGACAAAAGUCUUGUUGAUUAUGCAAAGUGGAGUAGGGGAAGGGAAUGUAAGGAGGAUGUGUGGUGACUUGAUCAAGGUUUUAAGACGUGGCUGUAAAAAUGGUGGCGGCCUUGGUGGUGCGGUGAGUUACGAGACCAAAACUACUCAUAUCAUGCCUUAUUAAAUUAUUGGAGACGCUGAAUCUGGUGAUGCUUUUGUGCAUGAUGUGAACUUAGUUUUUUUUAAAAAAAAA